UAGUGUCUCUAGAGAGCAGCAGCAACAUCAGAAGAAGAUGGGCCGUUGACAAGAGAGGAGACCCUGUGGCUUUUUUGAGCUAACAAAGUAACCUGAUUUCAAUAUAUUUAGUUGCUCAGCGUUUAAACGUGUUUUUGUGUUUGGUUCAGGGUUAAAUUCAAAAUGAUCCUUACCGUGAAACCGCUUCAGGGGAAGGAAUGCAGUGUACAGGUGACUGAAGACGAAAAAGUCUCCACAGUGAAGGAACUCGUAUCAGAACGUCUCAACAUACCAGCAAACCAGCAGCGGUUGCUCUAUAAAGGGAAAGCGCUCGCAGAUGAACACAGGCUGUGUGAUUACUCCAUUGGGCCAGAAGCUAAAUUGAAUCUGGUAAUCCGUCCAGUGGGAGAGAGGACUGGCCCUUCAGGGAUGGCUGCCGGCAGCAGCAGCAGCUCACAGGGGAGAGUGUGGCAGACUGUGUCCACAGUCCUGGCUAAGCACUUCAGUCCAGCAGAUGCAGCAAAAGUCCAUGAACAGCUUAUUAAGGACUAUGAGCGUUCACUUCGACAGCUCAGUCUGGAUGACAUUGAGCGCUUGGCGGGAAGACUGCUUCACCCUGACGGCGAGGGCAUGGACACCUCGUAUAUGGACUGAGAAUGCUUUGUUGAUAGUUGCUUUUUGUGAUUGUCUUUUGAGAGGUGUUUGGGGGUGUACACAAGUGUGAGGCGUGGAGAAUACGGUAUCAGUUUCCUAGCAGGGGGCCCAGCUGUGUGCCUAAUCAUUGGCUGAGUGAACACAGAUAUCACUGACUGUUGAUUAUUUCAGCAAUAGGCCUUUCGUGUCCAUGACCAAACGACUUGGAUAAGAGCAACUUUGCAUUGUUUCCUGACACAGAUGUUGCCGUAAUGACACAAGACCUGAUCACAUAAUGUUUGAGUACAAAGGAGUCCCUUAUGCUGUUGGUCUCACAUGAUCCCUGGCUGCUACAACAUCCAGAGGACACUUACUUCAACUUGAGGGUAUUUGUUAUUAAUGUAUGUGCUGGUUGAUGACUGAGUUUUUCAUUUACAAUCCAUUAUAAGGUAAUACAUAUGUUUUAUUCUGUUACUUACUGAUGUUUAUUGUAUGAUUUGUAAAUAUCAUGUUUAUAUAUGCAGACAUUAAACCACAGAAAAUAA